UGAGCAGCCAUCUUGGAUAGACAGAUCAGACUUGAGCCAGGAUAACCUGCACUCCUCCUCUGAACAGCUCUAGACCUCAAAGCUGAAAGGUUUCAUAUCUGAGCCACAAUGGCCACUGCACCGUACAACUACUCCUACAUUUUCAAAUACAUCAUUAUCGGGGACAUGGGGGUAGGGAAGUCAUGUUUGCUUCACCAGUUCACAGAAAAGAAAUUCAUGGCCGACUGCCCCCAUACGAUCGGCGUAGAGUUCGGUACAAGGAUAAUUGAGGUGAGCGGCCAGAAGAUCAAGCUGCAGAUUUGGGACACUGCGGGACAAGAGCGCUUCAGGGCUGUCACCCGCUCCUACUACCGUGGAGCAGCAGGGGCGCUCAUGGUCUAUGACAUCACCAGGAGAAGCACAUACAACCACCUCAGUAGCUGGUUGACUGAUGCCAGAAACCUCACCAAUCCCAAUACUGUGAUCAUACUCAUAGGAAACAAAGCUGACCUGGAGGCCCAGAGGGACGUCACGUAUGAGGAGGCAAAGCAGUUUGCUGAGGAGAACGGUCUGUUGUUCCUGGAAGCGAGUGCAAAAACAGGUGAAAACGUUGAGGAUGCCUUCCUGGAAGCAGCGAAGAAGAUCUACCAGAACAUCCAAGAUGGCAGCCUGGACCUGAACGCAGCCGAGUCAGGGGUCCAGCAUAAGCCCUCAGCCCCCCAGGGCGGCCGGCUAACCAGCGAACCACAGCCCCAGAGGGAAGGCUGCGGCUGCUAAUGACCAAGCAAAACCCCCCUUCAUCAUCAUCAUCAUCAUCUCCUCCUCUCUCUCACUCUCUCUCGCCGUCUGUCCUGCCCGCCCUCCUUCAAACAUCCAUCCAUCCCUCUACCUCCAUCCACCCUCCUCCUUCUUCACUGCACCAGGAGGCUUUGGAGGGAAGGAAGAGGGUGGGGCCAGACUGAGCUGGGCUGUGUGGACUACAUCUCUCCCCUCCUCCUCUCUGCGCCUCUCACUCCUCCUCCUCUUUAAUCUGUGUUAUCGCUACAUCAUUUUCCUCUUUCUCCCCGCCCCUCCACUCUUACACCAUUCUGUCUAGUCCCCUCUGUUAAACUAUCAUAAAGGCCACCACGCUUCUCAUCGGGCUACUGACACUUGACAUAGAUGUAAUGUUCAUAUGAUAAUGAUAAACCGAGACUGUUUUUUUAUGUUUGGUUUUAUAGCUCUGUAUGACAUCUCUGUAAACACUGCAUUAAUUCAUCCACCUCUCAUCUGUUUGUAUGGGAUCGAAAAUUAUAAUCUCAAACUCCUGAAGCCUAACCUGCAAGGUUUACCCAUCCAGCAUUUAUUGAGAUAUGCGGGUGUCCCAUCAUAAGGCAGGGAAAGCAAUUGAGUAGUGUAUCAUGGGCCCACAAAGGUAGAGGCUCUAGUGUGUCACACGAUGUGUAGCUGAGAGAGCUUUUUCUGCAGGUUUCAAACCUGCUUGUGGCUUUUUUAUUCAGUUUCUGAAAUGCUUGCCACAAUAGAGAGAGAGGGGGGAAACUUUGAGGAAACUAUGAAUUUACCUCAAAUUCCUUGGUAAUUCCUUGGUCUCUCCAAAGAGAUAUCACAGGAAGGAAUAUUGGGUGUUUUCCUGCUUGUCCGUGUGUGUUUGUGUGUUAAGAAGUUGAAUGGGAGUCCUUUUGACUAAUUUAAAAUGACACUUUUACGUUAAAACAUUUAUUUUCUUUUUUGGGCGGACAGAGUCAUUCAUUCGGUCUCUUUGCACCAAUUCUUCCUCUCCUCACACAUCUGAACCCCGAAACUCUCUACCAGGUCAUAUCAACAGAUUCUGUCUUUUACCAGCAUUUUCUUUGUCAUUGUUUGUUGCCUUAUUAUUCUUAAUGUAAUUACUCUUUAUCUCUUUGCUGCACUUGCUCUUCACACUGCUGUUGGACUUGCCCUGAUUCAACAAAUCAAGUCUUAUAGAAGAAUUAUUGCAAAUACAAGCAGCGGCUGUAAAAACAAAACAAAACAAAAAAAAACAUCAGCAGCAUGGUAUAAAGUCCACAUCGUAACUUUUAAGAUGUGAACAAAAAAAAAAAGUCAACACUCCCUUAUCUGAAGUGCUGCACUGAAGAGCAGAUCUGUUGUUCAUUUGGGCGGUUGUUCCUCUGCUUUGUACAUUACAACACCAAGCAGCAUGCCCCCAACCCUGAAACAGUGAAAUUGUCAAAAUCCAAUUAUGCUUCUUUUUUUUUUUCUUCCCCCUUCAAGUACAAUUUUUCUGUACCAGAGUGAUUCCCUGAUUGGAGAGCUGUAAAUAUUGCUUCUUAACUAUUGGUGAUGACCUUGCUACUUGGGAUUUAGAAAUGUAUUUGCUGGCUCUGCCAAGAUCUGUACAGUUGAUGUGCUAGUGGGUUGCCUGUAAUUCAUGCUUGGGAAAUUCUGUAACAUAGUUUCUAUUAAUAAAUGUAUGUAAAGGACAGACACCUAGAAACACCCCCUUCAAACCAUCCUGUCUGCACACUACCGAACCUGUCAAUUGGUUGAGGGGAGAGGAAGUGGAUUGAUGACGUGCUAACUAGUAUUUAUGUCUGCAAACUCUUUCCUCUCAUCGAGUUGAGAAUGGGGCACUUUUAUGUUAAUAAUCUUUUUCCACCCAUUGUCCCUCCUCCACAUGGGAGGGGCUAGCAUCACUGUCUUAACUUUUUGGGGAGAGCGGAUUGGUUUGUUAUUGUGGGAAGUCAGCGGGCUGGGGUCUUCCUUUUUCCUGUGUCCCACCUCCUGCAGUCUGAGUGACCACUUCCUGCUUUUGUCUGUCCACGAGUACAAAAAAAAGUACAUAUGUAUAAAUUUUUAAGGAGCUGUGCUAACAUUUAAAUGCGUUCUUGAGUGUAUAUGAUUUUAAAAUGUUGACAUUUUGAUUUUAAUGACAAAAUACUCUAGACAGAAAAAAUAAAUUAUACAUAACCUGUU